AAGGGAUGAAGAAGGGUCUCAACGGCUUUUAGGAACGGCGCACUAUAUGGCGAGUCUCGAAAUGAGGGUCUUGUGAUGUUUCACACUCAGACUAGUCUCCAAGACGAUAGUGUUUUGAAGCAAAAAAAAACACACAGUAAAAUUAAUUCUGGAAUUACGUACAUUAUUUAGUGACAUAUUUUUGAUCAAAGCUAGAUCUUUGUUGGUUCUGGAUUCUGUGCAGUUUCAUAGUCAAGCAGUUGAAAUGUCAUUGGUACAAUAUUCAUCCUCUUCAGAAGAGAGUGACGUUGAAGAUGAGAAAGUUAGCCAACCAGCAUCAAGUAUAGUUGAAAACAAACCAACUUCAAAUUCAAUAUCAAGUUUCCUACCACCUCCAAAGAACAGACAGCCUCCUAAAAGAGAGCCAAGAGUGCUUGGUAAAGCCAUAAAGCAAAUUGCAGGUGCCAGUGCAGUCAAUCCUGAUAAUAUCGUUUUGGAUAAGAGUUCGAAACAAGUGACUUCAUUUAUACCCAGUUCAUUAAGGAACAAACAAAAACCAACGUCCGCCAAAUCAACCCCUAUAGUAACUGAAAAGGAAGAAUCAAAACCAGAGAUUGAGAUAUUCCAACAAGCUGCAAAGACUAAACCAAAAUCAAUUACAAGUAAACAGACCAAAGUGGAAAUACGGCCAAUUACCUCCAUAGAUGAUUCAGAAGUGAUAAUACCAGAAGAUGACUCAAAAAAGAGGAUACUACAAGAUGAUGAUCCAGAUCCAGAACAUAUUAAAGAGUUCAAUGUGAGUGAUUUCUAUCAAAAGAACAUGGAAUUGAAAGAUCAAGGUCUUUUAGAGGAGAACAAAAGACUCCACACAGUGACACACUCCAAAAACCAGUUGAGUGCCCUACUGAAGAAUGCCAAACAAGAUGAAGAAGUGCUUAGUGAACGAAUUGAACGCAGCAAGAGACUGAAAAAGGAAAAGGGUAAUCAAUAUGGAUGGUAA